UUUAUUUGCUGGAUACAGUCUGUCACCAAACAAAAACCCCACCCUCUCUCUCUCUCUCUCUCCCCACAUAUCUCUCUACUUGCAUUCUCUCUCAGGUCUCUCCAACCGUACGUCUGUCUCUGUUUGUCUCUACAUACAUACAUAGCUCUCUGCUAGCCUAGCCAAGGUUUUACGAUCGCCGCCGGCUAAACCGAACUUCUCGUUGAGUCUAGCUGACUUGCCGUCGCCGCACAAGUAUUAGUUCUUGAAUCCUGCAAGAGGGAAGCACACAGCAGUUCUUUCUAUAUCCAUGCUGGCGGAGAGCAUGCGUGGAGUCUGUUCAUUGGGUAAUGCCCCAGAAGAAGUUUGAUGCUGAUGCGCUCGGCGUGGUGACAAUCUGUUUAGUUGCAAUUCUUGUUCUGAUCUGUGUGAUAUGCAUCGUGUACUCCUUUUAUUUUCGUAGUCGCGUCCAUAACCAGGGUUUUGUUCAGCUUGGCUAUUUUAGCGGUCCUUGGAUUAUACGAAUUGCUUUUAUCGUGUUUGCAAUUUGGUGGGGUGUUGGUGAGAUCAUAAGGUUAAACUUUAUAAGACGUGAAGGAAGAGCUUUGAAUGCUAACUAUAAAUGGCAGAAAACUGUUUGCAAAUGCUACAUUGUUUCAAACCUAGGGAUGGCAGAACCUUGCCUUUUUCUCACACUUGUGUUUCUCCUACGUGCAUCAUUAAAGGAGACAGAGUCUGGGACAUUGAACCAAAAAUGGAAUUACAAAACAGCCGGUUAUAUUCUUCUUUUCUGUUUUCCUGUGUUCAUUCUUCAGUUAAUGGUGAUUUUAAUAGGACCAAAGUUCAAUAAAGGCGGGAGUUAUAAGCGUCACUUGCCACAUUAUUUCACAAACACAGUAGGAGCUACAAAGCAGGCUGAUGAUGAUACUGCUCUCUGUACCUUUCCUUUAUUGAGCACCAUAUUUCUGGGUAUAUUUGCCAUGAUGAUAACUACAUAUUUGUUCUUGCUUGGAAGGAGGAUUCUGUAUUUGGUCAUCAAUAAGGGGUUGCAGAGGAGGGUUUAUACUUUAAUAAUUUCAGUUGCUAGUUUCUUUCCUUUGAGGGUUCUGUUACUUGGUUUAUCUGUUCUGUCGAAGCCUGAACAUUUUUGGUUUGAGGCUCUUGCUUUUUUGGCUUUUCUUUCCUUUUUAUGUUGUGCUGGGGUGGGUGUUUUUUUGCUGGUGUACUUUCCAAUUGCUGAUUCGCUAGCCUUGAAGAAUUUACAGGACUUGGAAGCUAUGAGAAGGAUAAGUGAUGAAUAUGCUGACACCAUUUCACUACUUGCAAACAGAACUACCAUUGAAGAGAUUGACGCUGGUAGUAGUUCUGGUACUUCAAAUAAGCAUGAGUCGGCAUUGUUCGGGACAAUGGACAAUUAUGAAAGCAUGGGCAGGUUUGUGGAAUUGAGCCUAUUCUCUGCUAGCCAGCAUUCAUCUCCACCCGGAUCACCUCAGCUUCUUAGAUGACCUACGCUCCCUGGCUCUCUGCUGCUUAACAGCAUAAGAUCUAAAAGCAAAUUAGCCGUGAAAUAGGUAUGCAGUUGUGCCAUUGCAGAAACUCAGUUUUGAAGUUGUAAAGUAUCUAGCGUUAACUUGGUAGUAUUAGCUAUUUGUUGACAUUAGCUUAUUGCUACCACUGUAUUUUGGGUUGCCAGGCUAUGCUGUUACUAAAAUCAGUCCAUAAUCAAUAUAAUCUUCCGACUGAAGGCAUCAUUUCUUGGUUUUCAUUUACGUAGAAUCUUUAUUCUCUUAAUGCCUCUUGUUUCAUCUACAUAUUUUAGACGUACACAAAUAAUUUACAUGCGGAGAAAAAUGUACGAUUCAUGAAUACGUAGUAACUAAAGAUGGUAUGAAUUUAGUUCAUAGAAUUCAAGAUUGGAUAUCAUUUUGUCAAAUAUUUUUAUCUUAAAAGAAAAAUCCUCAAAACAAUAUAGUUCAGAAGAACCUGAGUUAAAAUAUGACCAAUGUUAUCCAAAACAUUCAAUCAGGAUGUUCCGCAAAAGAAUAGCAUAUCAUAUUUAGCAAAAAAAAAAAAAAAAAAAAAAAAAAAAAAAAAAGAAAAAAAAAAAAGAA